UAGUUACAGGUUAUCAGGGUGAACACCUUCAGUCGAAUCUCGGAUGCGUAAAGAGUUGUUCUCGCGUCUGCUGUGCUGUCGUCGUUGUAAUAUGUUGCGGGUGAUCGGUAAUACGGUGGUUCACACGUAAAUUUUCAUUCGACUAUCGUCAGAGUGUGAACACCUAGGCGAAAGUGACGUUCCCGUCGCCACGUAACCUGGAUUCGAAUACAGGCAAACGGGGGAAUUAUUUAGUACGCUCCUACCAGCGAGCGUGUUGCACGACCACGCUAGCAUCCGAAAAUGGAUCGGAUUUACGUCGACGAGGAAACCGGGGAGAGCAUAAGCGUGCCAGUGUCGGAAUACGAGAUCCUACGUCACAACGUGGUUGCGGUUAACAAUGCUGAAACGGGAGAGCCAGAAAUUAACAUGGUGGGAACACAAACAACCAAAUGUCGGAGGAUACGUUUCCAGAUUCCGAAAGAGGUGAAGGAAACGUUGUCAGUAAAGGAUGGCUCUAUAAGGAAAAAGGAAAACCUGAUCAACUUUGAACCUGUUCCCGUUGGAACGUGCUUCGGCCAGAUACACCCAAUCUGCCUGUUCUUGCUGGCAGCCGUGUCCUUCCGUUGGUUCUUGCCGGUGUUAGCGCUCCUCGAAGUGGCGUUGCACGUCUGGGCCCAUCACAAGAAUAAGGCAUUGAAGAACGCCAGCGUUUACUUCCGUUCUCCGUUCCAUGCGAUCUCGUCUGAAUUCUGCGGGAUCUGUCAGAACGAGACGUGCAUGGAUCGCGUUGGGAAAAUGCAGCAGGCGCGGCUGCAUAAGUUUCUACAACAGUGUAACUACAUGAAACGCAUUGUCACGUGAGAAAUGUUGCCGUUGUCAUCGAAGUACUGUGAAACGUUGGUCACAAUCGUUUCUUCCUCCACGAGAUACCAAGGACUGUAAUUAACAAUGUUACUCGGCAUUUUUAUCGUUGUAAAUCGUAUGAAGCUACUAACGCGGAUGAAAGGCGUAGAAGAUAGAAAUCGGUGCGGGAGAAGGAUUUUAUAUUUGGGAUUUGUUUCUUAACUAACAGUAAGUACAGUGCGGCUAUCGCGUUUGCAUCAGCGACCAUACGUUCAAAAGUGCACAGAGGCAAGGAGAGACAUGCACUUGGGGCACGGUUUCGACGCGUUCUUGUUAUUGGCUGAGCCGAGGUGGAACGUGUAGCCGAUUCUCCUUGCCUCUGUGCACUUUUAAACCUGUAGUCGCCGAUGCAAACGUGGGAACUGCAUUAUACGUAGAAACAUAAGAUUGCUCUGAGUACCCAAUUAAAAAAUGUCAAAAGUUUUUAUUGUAUGCUAGAACUACAACCAAUCAUGGAGAGAUAGAGUUAUCGUUUAUUUAAAAAAUAUAGAACUGUUUUAUAUUAAAGUUUAUCCUAUAAAUGUAAAAAAUAAGUUAAUCUACUAAGGCACGUGUAUGUAAGGAAUUAUUUUGCAUAUCACAACUUAUACCAACUUUGUCACUCGUUAUUGAAGCAAUAAAGCAGUAUACAAUCUUUAAUAUCCAA